AUGGCCGACGGUGCGUCUCAAGUCAACAAUGGCUCCGCUCACUCGGAGUCAACCCGUCAACAGCGCAAACGAGCCGCCAGGUCCAGAAGACGGAAGCAGGUGAGAUCAUUCAUUAACGUGCAUUCGCAGCCAUUCGAAGGGGAUUCAACUGUCCAAGUUACACCCCGACGACACCAGAAUACUUCGACGUUACCCGCCCAGUCAUCCGCCCCAAGUGCGAUGACCGAAUCGAGGCCGACACGCAUCCCUCCCAGCUCCAGCUUGACCGCCACACACAAAAAGUCGCGAAGGGAAUUCGUAGGGAACCUCGCGGAUAAUGGUCGACAGGAAGAGGCAGCGCUGGCCCCAGAGCAGCCUUCAGACAUCAUAGCUGCCGUGAAUUCAAAGCCAGAAACGCCACCACGCAGUGUUCCGCAGGCAGAGUUGGGCCGGACGUGGAGCGCUCCUGGCCUCUCGGGCGAUCCAACCGUCCAAAAUGCGACGAAUCGACCGCAAGAGACAGGUCCUUUGAGUGCUCCAGUUCAAAAUGGGCAGCGGAAGGGAGACAAUCCUCUGUUCACCACUGCUCUGUGCGUCCCUUCACCCGACGCCGCCCCUCGAGCACAGCCUCCGCAUGUGCACCGUGGGACAAAGCGCCCUCAUGACGGCAACUACGGCCCUGAGCGGAGCUUCCGCCCGAGGACUGAUUCCGACAUCCCAGGGCCUGCGGGACCGCUGCUGACGCCGCACGAGUCGCCAACCCUGUCACUCGAUGGGCUCUCUCUUAGCGAACAGCUAGAGGCGGAACUGACUGCCAUCAGCAUUCCUUCUCCUGUGAACAGUCAGGCACAAGGCCUUGAUUAUACGGGAAUUGACAUGUUGCGCGAUGCCUGUCGACAGGACGACCAGUUUUUCCUUCUCACACAUCAUAUUUUUAGUAAUUGGUUGUGCUCAAGGCGCGACGCGCUUAAGCCACUCUCGUUGACGAAAAAUCAGCUUCAAGGCCUUAAUGUUCUAUUCGAAGUCCUGCGUAGCGACAGUCGUGUGCCCACGGAAUUGGACAGGCUGUUCAUGAAUUUUCCUCGUCGCCCAGCAGCAAUGAUGCUUAACGCAACUGAUGAGUCUCGAGCUUUGCUCAAGGACGUCUGCUCCUUCCUCGACAAUAUACCAGCUCUGAUCAGCGCAUGGAAGGAAAUGACAUCUCGAAGAGGAUUUCCGCCAGCUCCGGCGGAGUUGAAGGUUCAACUCAAGCUGCAUUCUCCCGUCAUGCAGAAGGCCCUCUUUUACCACCUCCACAGCAAACGAGCUGACAACCCGGGAAAGUUUAAUCAGGCUUUGCGCUUCUUUGAGCAAGAAAUAGAAGAUUUGGACUCGUCGUCCACCUCCAAUAUCCCCGAGGUGGCACGCCGAUGGGGCAGCAAGUAUUCACAAGUUUGCGAGGCGAAUUUCGCAGCAUUGCAGAUGCCGGCGGGUGGUGAAUAUGGCGGUUGCAGGCCUACUCCACAAGCUGCAUCUCCUCAUAUGCCAAACCAGACUUACAGACCAUCGAUUCAUCAUACGGAUUCUGCGCCAUCCCAGCCUGCCCGCUCUCCCAUGCUUCUCCACCGUGGCAUGGUCCAACCAGUCACUGCUCUUGGAACUCAAGAAAUCGCCUCCGCUCAGCAGGCACGCCAGGCAGUCCCAUCUCAACUGCCUCUUGCAUCAGCACAACUGCCGCAACCUCGAAGCCAAUUUCAAAGUGCAAGCCAACAGGCGCCGCAAUGUAGUGGUUUGAAUCCAAGCACAAAUUCCAUGUCAGCAGAUGUACCACAACCGGAUUCCGCGGCAAAACCUGUCCAAUUCGCACCGCACACGACCGCUUCACAAUGUGCACCCGUCCAAAUAGCGUCAGCCGCGGCCCCAUCCCAACAUUCGACUCCAUCCAACCCACCAUCUGCAGCACAUAUCCACAGUCCGGAAUAUCGAAGGAUGGAUGAAUCUCAUGGCAACGCGUCUAACACUCCCUGUUAUGAAUUUGUUGAAGCUCUCAUAGUGGCCCAGGAGUGCAUUCACGCAGAUUCCGCGCUGUUGUACUGGAAUGUGCACAUUUCACAAGACCAUUGGGCACGGAGGGCGGCUACUCUGCCCGCAGCCGGGCAGUUUGGUCCUAGAGAACGCGACGUAUCAAAUGACAACGUGCAGUUCCGGUUAAGGUCAAUCGCUGCCCAAGCAGAUGGGGGAGGAAAGAUUACGGCGACUCCGUCAGAUUUUCAUGUUCAACCUACAAAAUGGCCGAUAGGUCUGGCCGUGUCGAUCAACGGAGACUACGGAGUCGAAUUUAGACGAUCAAAGGCGCCUAAUGGUGCACACCUGGCCACAGAUGUGACCGAUCUCCUGAAAGAGGGCGAUAACGAGGUCGUAGUUGGCGCUUAUUUUACACCGCAAGAAGAACGUUCCCGUUGCGUCUAUCUCAUGGCUGUCGAGGUCAUCUGCGUCGCAAACUAUGACAAGAUCGCAAAUUACGACAAGAUCAAAUCAAUGCCGACUCGAAUUCCUAAGGCAGAUGUUAUCGGCGCGAUCGCGGAGUCUCUGAAGAGCAAAAGGGACAGGACUGAGGUCGUUGAUUUGACUAUCUCUCAAUCAGCCAUCAACAUCGAUCUAAUGGAUCCGUUGACGUCUGUGAUCUGGAGGACACCUGUGAGGGGGAGGGAUUGUCGACACCAGGAAUGUUUCGAUCUCGAGGCAUUUCUGUUCAGGCGCGCAGAUUGCGUCAACAAAGGAAGCCUGGCGAGUCCUGACCGAUGGAAGUGCCCUAUAUGUGAAGGGUAUGCGCCCCCCAACAUGCUGGUUAUCGACGAGUUUUUGUUAGAAGUACGCAAGACUCUCGAAAAAGAUCAUCAAUGGCAAGCACAGGCAAUUGAUGUCAAAGAGGAUGGCACUUGGGAACCCAAAUUCCCGCCUCCGAACCCCAGACAUCAGCCCCGAGAUAUGUCAGAUGCAGAAAGGCCGAUACGUUUGUUGCAACCAGCUCUCCGAGCGGUUACACAGGCACCAGCGGCAUCUCGAGCAAUUGGAACAGAUUCAAGGUCCAUGAUCGUCUUUGGUGACGAUUGA